GCGAGUAGGCGGAGUCGCCUAAUGGCUGACGGUUCACGGGGUGAAUUAAAAUUGACAUUCAACUAAAGGAUAACAAUUGUGUGAAUAUCCACCGCUAAUCGACGCUUGUGCCGUCGCACGGACAGAGAACGCGUGCUUGCGUGUGGAUUUAACCUGAAAAUGCAAAUAUUUAACGUUUCAGGAAGAAGUUAAACGGCUGCUGUUGUUUUUUUUUUCUUUCUGUCUUCGCGAGUCCACGUUGACGUUCGCGUGUUUUCAUUGUUGGGGUUUUCUCGUGCUUGUUUUAAUAUCAGUCCGCCAGUUUUACGCUCCGUGGUGCGUGCUUCGGUCUGAAGGCUCUGUAAACUCGCUAAUGCACGCGCAUCGCGUCAAUCACGGGGCGUGUGGAGCAGCUAUAUGAAUUUUAGCUUUGCGGUUCAGCAGGCACGAGCGCGGAGAUACAGCUUCAACAUGACAAAAGUUUUUCUCGAGCAGGGUUGAAGAAGACGUGACCAGAUCAGACUUUACACCUCAAUCGAGAAGUCCGGGUUUUCCAAGUUUUUGUUUCGGGAGCAUUCGUGAUCUCGGAAGGGACCGCGGUACAUUAGGAGUAAUGGUGGUCAAUACGAUCCACUGGUUCAGGAAGGGCUUAAGGCUCCACGAUAACCCAUCUCUGCGGGACUCUAUAAUAAGAGCCGAUACUCUGAGAUGCGUUUACAUACUGGACCCCUGGUUUGCAGGAUCGUCCAACGUGGGAAUCAGCAGAUGGAGGUUUUUGCUGCAGUGUCUCGAGGACUUGGACGCCAGCCUUCGCAAACUUAACUCUCGCCUCUUCGUCAUCAGGGGACAACCCACGGAUGUCUUUCCAAGACUUUUCAAGGAGUGGAAAAUCACCCGGCUGUCAUAUGAGUAUGACUCCGAGCCCUUCGGGAAGGAUCGUGAUGCCGCCAUAAAAAAGCUGGCCACUGAGGCAGGGGUGGAAGUCUUCGUCAGGAUCUCCCACACACUCUAUGAUCUGGACAAGAUCAUAGAGUUAAAUGGAGGACAGUCUCCUCUCACCUAUAAACGAUUUCAGACGCUCAUCAGUAGAAUGGAUGCUGUGGAAAUAUCACCGGAGACCAUCACAGCUGAAGUCAUGGGCAGAUGCGCCACACCGGUCACCGAUGACCACGAUGACAAGUUUGGUGUACCCUCUCUUGAAGAGCUUGGUUUUGAAACCGAUGGGCUGUCCUCAGCUGUGUGGCCUGGUGGAGAGACUGAAGCUCUGACUCGACUAGAGAGACACCUGGAGAGGAAGGCUUGGGUGGCUAAUUUCGAACGUCCCAGAAUGAAUGCUAAUUCCCUGCUGGCCAGCCCCACAGGCCUGAGCCCUUACCUCCGGUUUGGCUGCCUCUCCUGCAGACUUUUCUAUUUCAAACUCACAGACCUCUACAGAAAGGUUAAGAAAAACAGCGUCCCACCAUUAUCCCUUUACGGUCAGCUGCUCUGGCGCGAGUUCUUCUACACGGCUGCCACUACCAACCCACACUUCGACAAAAUGGAGUACAAUCCCAUCUGCGUGCAGAUCCCGUGGGACAGGAACCCCGAAGCUCUGGCGAAGUGGGCAGAGGGCCGGACUGGCUUCCCGUGGAUCGAUGCCAUAAUGACCCAGCUGAGGCAGGAGGGUUGGAUCCACCAUCUGGCCAGGCAUGCUGUCGCUUGCUUCCUCACUCGUGGAGACCUGUGGAUCAGCUGGGAAGAGGGCAUGAAGGUGUUUGAGGAGUUGUUGCUGGAUGCAGACUGGAGUGUCAAUGCUGGUAGCUGGAUGUGGCUUUCAUGCAGCUCAUUCUUCCAGCAGUUCUUUCACUGUUACUGUCCGGUGGGCUUUGGUCGACGUACUGACCCUAAUGGAGACUACAUAAGACGCUAUUUGCCCAUAUUGAGGGGCUUUCCUGCCAAAUUCAUCUAUGACCCUUGGAAUGCCCCAGAAAGUGUUCAGAAGAUCUCAAAGUGCAUAAUCGGAGUGCACUACCCUAAACCCAUGAUUAAUCACAUUGAGGCCAGCAGGAUAAACAUCGAGCGAAUGAAGCAGAUUUACCAGCAGCUUUCCUGCUACCGGGGCCUCGGGCUCCUUGCAACUGUUCCAUCCAACACAACCAACAAUGGAGAUGUUAACGGAGCAGGUCCUUUAGGAGACAACACACAGGAGAGCACUCAUAUUACAGUGAACCCAUCACCAGCAACUUCUCAGCCAGAGUUCUCACCAUUUCCAGUGUCAUAUGAUCAGCAGUCUGGAAAUACUGUGCAGCCACAAGCAGGUUACUCGGGUAGUGGACAAGCUCACAAACAGUCACAGAGAGGGAGAGGGACAAAAACUUUGAAACGACAUAAUGACGACAGAGCAUCAGAAGGUGCAUCGAAGAUUCAGAGGCAUGAAAGUAACUAGCCGUCUCGGAAGCAAGCAUUUACAUGCACCCCUUCUCACGACUAGUGCUUGGACCCGUCCUGAACUGUACCACGCAAGACAACAUCUCCACAUGCCAUAUCUACUCCUCCAUGCUUAGCUUUUCCCUUUAUGCUUUGCCUUGAUGUUAUUCUGCUUGUAGAGUUUGAGGUAGCAUUGAGGUCAAACAUGGUGGCCCAGGAAACCGUAAACUAAGCUGUUUGGCAUGAUGAUGUAGUUACAGCAUUUAAGAUGUCUACAUUUUUGAAAGCUGUAUAUUGAUAUAUUGUGGAGGAAAAUGUUUUGUAGUAUUCGUGCAAUCUGAAAGUCAGUCAUCAGUUUGUCUCGGAAAGUGUGUGUAUGUCUGGCAUCCCAUUUGAUGUCCAUUUGUGCAAUGUUGGUUUUUUUGGAAAUAACUGCUAUGUAAUAAGAAGGAUUUAUUUGGAAAUGCAUAAUCUUAUUAGCGAUAACAGAGAGCAUACUACUGGCCAUUAAUUGAGAAUCGUAAAUUCUUUCAAAUCUAAAUGUUCAAUUCCAAUUCAUAAAUAGACCCAUUAAAAUGUCUAAAGUCCAGAGCAAAAGUAUGUAUAUUAAGUUUGCCUUUUGUAAUGGAGUAACUAUCAUUGAAGCCUGUGGCUCUUUAGCACAAGUGGAUUUGUUUAGAAGCAUUUACAGAGAAACAAAGCCUACUAUGUAAAUAAGCAUAUACUGUAAGUAAUUUAGUCUACAAACCAUUGUACAUAACUUUUGUUUUUCUUAUUUACAGACUUGCUGUUAUAUUUUUUAUAUGAGAGACAAUACCUUUUUUGAAUGUUGUAAAUCACCAUUAAAACAUGAUAGACCUGUUGCAGUGA